CGCUGAGCUGCCAUGGAUCCACCUUCAGAGAGAUGCGGCGCCUCCUCACACAGCUGACUGGGAAACACAGGUAGUCUGUCCGAAUGGGCUCUCGGCAUACUUGUUGAUCUUCGGGUGAAGCACUGGUGCGGAUAUGCGGAGCAGGAAUCCGGCGGGUAGGCAGUAGAUCGUGCUGAGGAUCUCUCUGCCAUGUCGGAGGCAGAGGAGGGGGAAAUGGAUUGGUUUAGACCCCGGCAAAAGUAAACCAAUAACGACGCCUCCUUUUUUAAAUGCUACUGCUUCAUCUCCGUUUGUGCCAGCGAAUUGAUUGUUCACAGAGCCGUACGUGCUGGUUUGAUUCAGUGCAGGAUGACAACAACUCACUACGAUAAAAUAAUGAAAGAAAACAGGACCAGCUGUAGUCCAUAGCCCUGGAUGUUUGCCUGAUUCCUCAACCUAAAGUCAUCAUGGAGAAAUCCUUGGCAGAGUUAAAUAAAGCUGGCUCCCGCUCAACAUCAUUGCUGCCACCUGAACCGGUGGACAUCAUUCGCAGCAAGUCAUGUUUCCGUAGAGUAAGGCUGAAUGUUGGGGGUCUCCCACAUGAGGUCUUGUGGCGAACGUUAGAUAGGUUACCACGAACACGUUUGGGAAAGUUAAGAGAUUGUAACGCCCAUGAAUCUCUGAUGGAAGUGUGCGAUGACUACAACCUUGAGGAGAAUGAGUACUUUUUUGACCGACAUCCAGGGGCGUUCACUUCAAUUCUGAACUUCUACCGCACGGGUAAGCUGCACAUGAUGGAAGAAAUGUGUGCCCUGUCGUUCAGUCAAGAACUCGACUACUGGGGCAUUGACGAGAUCUACCUGGAGUCGUGUUGCCAGGCGAGGUACCACCAGAAAAAGGAGCAAAUGAAUGAGGAGCUCAAACGAGAGGCUGACAAUAUGAAAGACAUAGAGGGAGAAGAAUUUGACAACACUUGCUGUGCUGAAAAACGAAAGAAACUUUGGGACCUUCUGGAAAAGCCUGGCUCAUCUAUUGCAGCAAAGAUCCUGGCCAUCAUUUCCAUCCUCUUCAUUGUGCUAUCCACCAUUGCCUUGUCUCUGAACACCCUUCCAGAGCUGCAGGACACAGAUGAGUUUGGUCAGUCCUCAGACAACCCACAACUGGCACACGUGGAAGCUGUAUGUAUUGCCUGGUUUACCAUGGAAUAUCUGCUUCGCUUUCUCUCCUCACCCAACAAGUGGAAGUUCUUUAAGGGUCCUCUGAAUGUCAUUGAUCUGCUGGCCAUCUUGCCCUACUAUGUCACCAUAUUCCUGACAGAAUCCAACAAGAGUGUGCUGCAAUUUCAGAAUGUCCGCCGUGUGGUUCAGAUUUUUCGGAUCAUGCGUAUCCUGCGUAUUCUGAAGCUGGCUCGUCACUCAACAGGACUUCAGUCUCUGGGCUUCACUCUUAGGAGGAGUUACAAUGAGCUGGGCCUACUCAUUCUUUUCCUGGCCAUGGGCAUCAUGAUCUUCUCCAGUCUGGUGUUCUUUGCUGAGAAGGAUGAGGAAGAUACAAAGUUCAAAAGCAUUCCAGCUUCUUUUUGGUGGGCUACUAUUACUAUGACCACAGUUGGCUACGGAGAUAUCUACCCCAAAACCCUACUGGGCAAGAUAGUGGGGGGUUUAUGCUGCAUAGCUGGAGUACUUGUGAUUGCCCUACCUAUUCCCAUUAUCGUAAACAACUUCUCUGAAUUCUACAAAGAGCAGAAGAGGCAGGAAAAAGCACUUAAACGAAGAGAGGCCCUAGAUAGGGCAAAGAGAAAUGGUAGCAUUGUCUCAAUGAACUUGAAAGAGGCAUUUGCUCGUAGUGCAGAACUGAUGGAUGUGGUUGUAGAGAAGAGUGAGAGGCCUCAUGACAACCAUUUCUCUCCAAGCCGUUGGAAAUGGACCCCCAAGAGAGCUGCAUCAGAGACAAGCUCAAACCGUUCCUUCAACGCCCAGGAAUUAGGCUCUCCCAACAAGGCCAGAGACACCAGUCCCCAGAGGCUAAAUGUUCAGAAGUUAGAGGAGAUGUACAACCACAUGGCCAAGACACAAUCCCAGCCAAACCUCAAUGCUAAAGACAGGGGCUCCAGAGUUGGCAAACAGAGGGAUGAGAUAGAGCUGGGGGCCAUCCAAGAUCAUGGGCCCCCGGUGCUCGGAACCAGAGAAGGAGUGGGGGACAUGAAAAGCUUGUCCAGUAUUGACAGCUACAUCAGUUGUGCUACAGACUUCCAGGAGAAUCCACGCUUCCCCCAUAGUCCAGCAAUGGAACUUGGUCUUCAGGAAAGCAACCGGUUCUCCCACAGUCCGGCUACAGCUUUGUCCCAGCACAGCACUGCAAAAACAGGCCAGCAAACCACCGGGGAGCGUGAACCCAUGUUGACUCCUGUGUCUAUCACAAAGCCCUCAUGCUCCGAGAAUGCACGGAGAUUCUUCUUUUCUGGCAACUCCUCAAAAAGCCUUAUCCCCAAAGGAGGCUGGCGCAACGAUGGGGGGUCAGGCCCACCCACGCUUUCAGACAGCUCAGUCAUAUCAGACCACUCUCUGUUAAGCCCAGAAGUUUCUGUCUACACCACUGCCAGCAGCAGAACCCCACCGAAGUCCCCAGAGAGCACUACCCUAGCCGCAACUGUCUUCACCUUCCACGACUCCUCCAUCAGUAAAUACAUUGAUGCUGAUACAGAUGAUGAUGAGCACAACCGCGACAUCUCUGACGCCAGUCCCUCAGAGCGUCUUUUGGCUGGUUCAAGCCCAAAACGCAACAUCAACAUAAAUUACCAGAAAGGUGUCAACCAUUUUGAAGCAGCCCAAAAAAUGCUGGGCCAGAACUGUCUGUUUCCCAUUGAAGGGAUUCGUGGGGUAGCUCAUGAGAAUCAUGUAGGACCUGAGAUGGCACGUAGACCAAAGGUUGAGAGGGGGCGUCAAAAUACUUUAGAUAAAAGCCUUUGAGGUACAAGUGCAGCAGAAAUAAACAGGAAGCUGGAGCCAGAGUGUUUGUGAUGGAGACACUAGACAGACUAAAACACUCUAUAAGCCAGAGACAAAGCAAGAGGAAGAGAAAAAGGGUCUCACUAAAACAUUUGACAAUUUACCUGAGCAUGCCAUUGGGCACUAAGCUCGGGGUCAAUAUGUGUGGUGAAUACUCUGGGAGAAAAGAAAACACUUAAAAUGGAGAAUGUCACUGCCCCUCCUUCAACUCAUUCCUAUUAGUGGUAUUACACAAAACAAAAGAGCACUCCCAAGUAGCCAACGGGUCUGUUAAGAGAUCCCCAUGGAAGCAGAUUCGAGAAAUUGAGAUGUGCUUAUUGGUGUAACUAAACUGAAUGACGAUUUUAGCGGCAGGGGGAUAUCUCUAAACUCUCCAGGAAAAGAAAUCCCAGCUGCCCACUAUCCCAUUACUGAGUCCCAUUUCAUUUUGUAGUCUUGGAGAUACAGGAGGGGACCUAGAAGCCAAUAAGCUACUUACUUGUGCCCUCCAUUCCCAAAACUGGCCUUAGUCAUUUACAUUUGUAGGGGUGUGCACGUCUGAAUAAACUGUAAGCGUGUGUGUGCAUGUAUGUGAGUGAGAAUGAAUGUUGAUGGGUGAUCUAAUGGUAAUUCAUGUAUAUACCCUCUUGAGAUUGUCUGAUUGAUUUAUUUUUAUAUAGAUAAGAAAUAUGUGAUUUGCUAGUCUGCUGUGUCAUAAUCAUAUGUGAAGAGUAAUCCUGUAUAAGGUUCAAUGUCUUGGCACAGAGGCUGCAGUUAUCAGAGGGUCCACCCCAUCAUCCAUUAUAAGGAGCGCUCUUUCUUGAACAGUAUUUUGCCAGCCCCUAUGUUAUCAUGUCAUGAUGAGAUUCAUGUCAUGGAUGAUACUCUCAAAUCUUGACCAGUGAAUAUUGUCUUAGUCAUUUUUAAGGGAUGGUAGAGGUAGUGGACCAAGAAUAUUUGAUAUGGGCUAACAUAAGAGCCAGUAAUAAACAGCUUGAUUGCUGCAUAAAGCGCACAUUUAUGAAGCAUGCAUCCACCCAUCCGAUCAACAUACAAAAACAUGAGACACUUAAAAAAAUUAAAUAUAUGUAAAUCCUACAAUAUAGUUUGUAUCUUUACAGCACAUGACUACUGACAUAAAGUUUAGAUUUCAGUAACAGAUGUUCAGCAUGCAUUGGCCUUCCUUUGACCAACAUGAAAGCAUUCAUUCACCCACUAAAGAUACAUACAGGUAUGAAAGAAAACUUUCAGGAUACAUAGAUAUACUUAGUUUCCAUGGUGACAGCUGCUGUCCUCAAAGGCUGGCAGCAGCUCAGCAAUGUUUUUUUAAUUGGGGCGGGGAGGUCUGAUUGCAUGUAACGUAGUUUAACACAUAUACAAGAACACACUCACACAUGCAUGCACACACACACACACACAUACACACACACGCACACACACACACACACACACACACACACACACACACACACACACACACACACACACACACACACAGGCAUGUACCCAUAAAGUGACAGGUAUGCACAGUAGUCACACAUUAGCAGAGCCACUCCUCACUGUGCAUAUUUAUGAGUACUGUAUAAACGCAACAUUAUGAUGUAAGGACCUUGUACGUUGAUAUGUUCAUGUCUUAAAUCUCUGUAGCAUUCCAUAAAUACUACAUUUCCCCACAAUGCAUUCUCUAUUAUCUGUUUAUAUUACCACACAACAGAGAGAAACACUUUUACAUAACACGCUAGUGUCACUUACCACUAGUAAUGAAACACAUUACAUUAAUAAUACACAGAAUAUAGAGGGACAAAGGAUUGUAUUUUAACCAUUAUCCCAACCUUAAAAAUGUGAAUUAAUCAUAAAAUAACAUUGACUUUAUAUCUAUACCAUGCUAACAUGAGCAGUAAACAUAAAGAGUUAAAACCAACUGUUCCUCCUUUAGCCCCUUGAAAUGUAAUUUCAAAUGUGAAGUUACAACAUUUGUAUGCCUUUUAAAAAUUGUCAAGAGCUGGAAGGUCUAAUGUUAUCAUAACUUUCUCUAAUGUUGACAAGAUGAGUAAAGAAGAAGCUCACUGCCAACUAAACAAAUUCUCAAAUAAAAAUGGCCAAUAUGUAAAAGCUUCCUAACACAAGUAUAUCGGUGAAAGAUACACAUAAAAGAGGUCAUUGCACUAUUAUAAAUGUAGGUGUUGAGUAAAACGUUAUUCAAAGGUCAACAGAAGGUGAUCAACAUACAUGUUUUAGUGUUGUGGUUAAGUCUAAUCACAAAUCCUGAUUUGAUUUCCUGUUUUAAUCACAGAGUUGAACCAUUUCAUAUUGCUCUACUAUGGUGAGAGGAGCUGAGGUGUGAAAGGAAUAGCAAUGACUGUGAGAGGCAGAGGGAACCGUGUGUGUGUGUGUGUGUGUGUGUGUGUGUGUGUGUGUGUGUGUGUGUGUGUGUGUGUGUGUGUGUGUGUGUGUGUGUGUGUGUGUGUGUGUGUUUUGUGUGACAGCUGUAAAGCCAGGGCAUUAGAGCAGUGUGGCUUCCGCUUAAUGGAGAAGAAUGAACAGUUUAUGAAUGUAUGCAUGUCGGGGGAAGCCUGCUUCUGUUUUUUUCUGUAUUCCAUCUGCAGUUCUGACUCUAACAUGCAGCCAUAUUUACAUCUGAGAAGAGAGGAAUGGGAGGUGCAUUUUAUGGAUCUUAUUUAGCACACGUAAUAAGGAAAGGAUGGAUGGUUUGAGCUGGUGAUAAAUUAUUUUACGCAGCUUCAUACACUAUGUAUCACAAAUGUCCUGUUUUUUUAUUCACGUAAAAUGUCUAGUCAAUUCAAUUCAGUUAUAUUUAUGGCUUCAAAUAAUAACAGAAGUUAUCUCUUUACAGAUAAAGUAGGUCUAGACCACACUCUAUAAUUCUCCCAGCAAGCAUUUGAUGUGACAGUGGCGAGGAAAAACUUCCUUUUAACAGAAAGAAACCUCAGACAGAACCGGGCUCUUGGUUGGCCAUCUGACACAAAGAAGAGAGAGAGAGAGAGAGAGAGAGAGAGAGAGAGAGAGAGAGAGAGAGAGAGAGAGAGAGAAAUAAAUAUGACAGCUGAUCAUUGUCCUUUGUUGCACAUGAACUAAAGUAUCUGCUAAUAUUAAAAGCUAAGUUCACAAAACGAAAAACGAUUACACUCAAAAGGAUUUUAAAACAUAAACUUAGGUAUUGUCUACAAGAACGUGUUCCCAAAUAAAAUGAUUUAAUUUUUAAAAUGAGAAAAUGUCCUAUGGCAUAACAAUUGACUGCAGAUAUUUAACAUUUUCAGAUAACCUCUAAUGAUAUUCAGAUUGAUUAAUAAUUUUUUUAAAGUCUCCUCAAAAACUUGCUGUGAAUGGCUACUCCUUUGGUUAUAGUCAUACAUUGAUUAAUUAUUUCCACAACAAACUUCUUCAUGUCACAUUACGAGGUGGAAGUGGCACAGGUUCAAUGAUACAAAAAUUAGAAACAUGCAAGCUAAUCCCAUUACAUUUUAUUUUAUUUUGGUUGGACGACAUCAGUAUCAACAAGAGAAACAUUUGGUUCAUCGCCAAGUUAGAUGUAAGUCCUUGAUUAACUUUUCAUUGCAUAUUUAUAUUAUCUUAUGAAAAGUCAAGGCCAAUGUAUGCCAACAUAUUAUACCCUACUGCACCUAAAUGUCCAUGUAAAUUAUUUUUCUUAAAGGUGAGUUUUUCAGUGCUUGUGCCCAUACAUUUGGGUAUCUGGAAUGCCUACCAUCCCACAAACUGUGAACUUAGACAACCGAGUCAGUUUUUUGUGGGCUCCCUAUGUCAAAAAACAUGGGAUUCAACAAGCCUUUCAGAUUUUGCUCCCCUUCCUAUGUACAUGCAGGCUCAUUAGAAUAUACCGCUCGUCAUCAGAGUAUCUCCACCCACAGCAUGAGAAAUACCUUUGCAAAGGUGCACCAUAUAUUUCUCGCAAGCCAAUCAGAGCACACUGGGCUUUUCUGGAGGGGGGCUUAAUAAAGAGACAGGCGCUAAAAUGGAGUGUUUAAGACCCAAAAUACAAGUAAGAACCAUAGACAGUAAAAUGAAUGGACAAAGCAACGCCGUAGAUUUCCACGGAGACCAGUGAAGGAUAUUAGAAGCACUUUUCCGGUGAGCGCUGAGCGUUACUGCGCAGCCUCCAACUGAGCUUUACGACAUAAAUGU